UUAUAUGUUUUAUUUCUUUCCAGUGUGUUAAAUUCAGCAAAUGAACUGUGCAUUAAAUCAUGUAAGUGUGUUCUCUUUAGAGGACAUGUUCACUUAUUUACACAUAGAAAAUCAGCACAACGUGGAAUUUGGCCACAGGCGCCCAAACAUUUACAUAGAAGUGGCCUCACUCUCGCAUUGUGGUAGGUAAGGUCGCCUGGUUGCUCUCGCGAGAUCUGGCAGCACUGCAGUUCAGCACCCUCGAGUGGCGGUUCUCCUCACUGUGAACUAUCUGUGGCUGAAAGCGUUAUAAUGUCGAGUGCACCAGUAAAAGUCUACCUGGAUCUUCUGUCGCAGCCCUGCAGGGCUGUGCUGAUCUUCCUCAAACACAACAAAAUCCCUCACACGGUGGAGACUGUGGUGCUGAGCAGAGGAGAGCAGAAGAGCGCAGAGUUCACCCGCCUGAACCCCAUGCAGAAAGUCCCUGUGAUUGAACACAAGGGCUUUGUCCUGACUGAGAGUGAUGCUAUACUGAAAUACCUGGCGACGGUGUAUAACGUCCCGGAGCACUGGUACCCCCGCGAGCCGCUGCGGAGGGCCCGGGUGGACGAAUACACAGCCUGGCAUCACACCAACACACGCCUGCACACAGACAAGGUCUUCAUCAUGGAGGUGUUAACGUCCAGUAUGGUGGGCCAUCCUGCUGACCCAGCCGAGCUGCAGAAAGCUCUGGAGGAGAUGGAGCAGACUCUGCAGAAGCUGGAUGAGAUGUUCCUCAAGAGGCAGGCGUUCCUGUGUGGAGACGACAUCAGCAUCGCUGACCUGCUGGCCGUCUGCGAGAUCAUGCAGCCUCUCAGCAGCGGUCGGGACGUCCUGAAGAAUCAUCCAAAUCUCCAGAGCUGGAGAUCCAGGGUGCAGGCGGCUCUCGGAGAGUCGUUUAACGAAGCUCACAGCAUCCUGUACCGGCUCAGGGACAAAACCGCAGCAAAGCUAUAACCCAAACGUGCUGGAAUAUUCCAGAAGUUUAAUAAGGCAGGCCAGUAGAAAUGUUUGAGUUCCAGCGUUUGGAUGAGUUAAGCUGGUUCUCUCUGUGGGAAAAGUUAAUGGUGUUCUUGAAAAUCUCCAACUUCACUCUCUGUAGUUAAUCCAGGUCUAAAUCUGACAGUAUCCACUAUUCUCCUACCUUCAAACCGGAGAUGGGGUGUAUUGGGCCACAAGUGACAUUCUUCAUUUUUAUUUAAGUGUAGUUUGUGUACAUGGUCACUAAAGAGUGAACACAGUGCAUGAUUUUCAAUCCAUCGUUCCAUAAAUCUCAAACCAUCUAACCGUGCUGCUAACUGGGAGAGAGAAGCUGGUCAUAGAUAUACACACCUAGAUGCCGCGUUGGGUCCAGCCAGGCAUGUCAACAGUGCCGCCAUUUUAGGACGGUCAACAUCACUGCUAGACUGCAUUCAGUACCAUUACAGAGCGGCAGUUUAAGAAAGAUACUGUCCAAAAUUACACUAUUUCAAGAAUAUCACACUCAGAAAGUGGGAUAGGAUUAUAUAACGGAGGGAACGCAGUGAUCCACACUCAGGUUUGUGUGAUGCUUAUUGUUUGUGUGAUGUUUAUGUGUAGAUAUGGCCGUGUGGUUGGUGAUGCACAACCUGCUGAUGUGAUUGUUUUUCGUCAGUUUUAAUAUUAAGCUUAAUUAAUUCAAUAGUCUAUUCAGGGGGUCUUAAAUUUAUGUAGUAAUUAUUUAUUUACAAUGAUGGUUAAAGCUUUAUAGCAGUAAGUUAUAGCAUUCCUUAAUCUGUGUAGAUAUUCAUAAUAGAUUAACGUUAGUAGCUUCUUACACGAACCUGAAGUUAGCUACCUAUUUGCCAGCUUCUUGUUUGAAUUUUCCUGUUCCACCUUAUAUGAUGAAAUUUCAGGCACCAAAAGUGCCUCCUCCACCAUUUAAGGUGGAACGGGAAAAUUCGAACAAGAAGCUGGCGUAUGGGAAGCCAACUUUAGCAUCAUUCUUCUUACUGUGUUUUGGGGGGGGUAUUUUAUUUUUUUGUGUAUUAAGAUUAGAAGUGAUUCACACAUUGAUGGAUUUGCUGAUUGUGAGAUUGUGUUUUUAUCGAAGUGCUGAACUCGGUUUUUAACGUCAGGUACAGACUGAAUACUUCCCUGCUGGUCCGAACAGCUAAUUAUCACGAUCAGUUAUUGAAGUAAUAAAAGCUACCGAGAGCAGAUCCGAGCAGACUAGAUUAAUGCAUGUUUGAGGAUUAUAACAAACAAACUUGGUGAGAAUCGGUUGAGUAAUAAGGAAGCUGUGGCUGAUUUAAUCCUGAGACUCUUCGUCUCUCAAUACAAGUGAAUCUGUUCACAAGCGGAUCUUGACCUCUCCAACAUGGCGGACGCGCAGCCGUAUCGCCUCCGAUAGAAAACAACAGACAACGCGGCAUCUAGGCAUGUAUAUGUGUGUGUGCUGCUAACUAGUUAGCAGGCUAACAUCUUUGCUUACCACAGAACAUGGCUAACCAAAGUUUAGAUAAUAUUGAUUCAAAUCUGAGGGAGUGAAGUCGAGCAGCUGGAGCUGAAGGGACCAAAAAGGGGAAAUUAAACCUGUUUUGUGGUGUUUAUCUUAGCAUUUGCUUAGCGAGCAGGCUAGCGACCAAAACAGUGCCACACACCACAGUACAGGCUUGAUUCUGACUGACUGCUGCUCUGCUGAAACAAAUGUAGCUGAUAAAAAUUAAAGUCAGAGCGAGUGAAAGUGGAGUGACUGACACAAAUCUGAACUCGAGCCUGUUUUUUGGUGUGUGAGACUGUAGCGUUUUGGCUAAGCUAACGAUAGCUUAGCUUAGCAGGCCAAACAUACCACACAGCACAGAGCUCCCUCUACUAUACAUGUUUGUUCAGCUGUUCGGACAUAGAAGAGAAAUUUGGCACAUCAUAAUUUUGAAAUACCAUCAUUUUGUUUAAAUACCGCUUUAUUUUAAAGAUUGUAGUAUAGCUUAUUACUGUUAUACCACCUAACUAGUUCCAAAGCACAUAUGUUUUGCUAUAUGGUUUAUUGUGGCAUCAGAGCAUGCUGUGGGUUUCCAUGCUGAUGCUGGAUAAAUAACCCCAGGCAGGAUUCUGUGGUUGAGCACAGCCAGAGAUUUAAAGACUUUUUACUUCCUCUUGGAAAUAAGAGCGAGUUUGCUCUCUUGUACGGCUGCUGGGUCAAAAUAAAUCUGCGUUAUCUGCACAAACUUU